AAGUAACUGAAAAUCAGAUCACACAGAAAGCCUCACAACAUCUCACAGAACAAGCGCAGCAACAUCCUGUGUCCAAGGGCCUUGAAUUGUCUUUAUAUACUUCUUGGAGUGAUUGAUUAUGAAAUGAAACACAAAAGUCCUUCCAAUCUAUAUGAGUUCAUGGGAAAAUAUUGUCCAAAAGACCAGUCAGGAUUCUGUGAUACAGGGGUCUCCAACCCCUGGUCCGUGGACCGGUACUGGUCCAUGGCAUGCCAGAAACUGGGCCACGCAAACAAGUGAAGCUCCAUCCUCGGUAUACAGGCUGUACCUGAAACCAUGGCUCCUCUGGGCCAUAGAAAUAUCUCUCCAUGGAACUAGUCCCUGGGGCCCAAAAGGUUGGGGGUGGCUCCUGUAUUACAUGAAUAUAACUUUGAUGAACUCAUCUAAACCUUUAUUUUCCCGUUCCUAAUUCUUCUUCUGCAAGGUCUAUAAAUGUGCAGAUGAAAUGGAAAGUUGAUUGUACUAUUAAUUUAUAAAUAUUUUUUACUUUUUUUAAGUGGUAAGUAUCUGGAUAAAAUGGUCUAAUGCAGCAAAUCUGGCUCUGCAGGUAUAUUUCAGUAUUGUCUUGCAUAUGUAGUUGGAUAUGAAGUUGGCCAUGUCAUGGGGAAUUCAUUGGAGAAAGCAAAUAUUUUUGGAAGAGUUAGGGGUAAAAGGAAUCCAGGCUGUGAAAGAACACGAUGGCUGGACACUAUCAAACCUGACACCGGCCAGAGCAUAGAAAAACUCAGUGAAAUAGGGCAAGAUUGGAAUAUGUGGAGAGACCUGCCCUGUAGAACCGCCAUGAGUCAGAUUUGAAUUGUAGUAUCAUCAUGCUGUUGGAUGAGCAGUAUCAGUCAUCUUUAGAAACUAUGGAAGUUUAGUAAGAAAGAAAUAGUGCAGUAUAAUAAAAGAUGUAUUUCAUUCAUUACUUCUUGAACUAGCUUUUUGAAUAAUGUACAGUGUUAGGAUUCACAUACUAUGCCCUAAGGCUAGCCAAAAACAGGCAACCAUGUUAUGGCUUAGUACAUUAUGUAAUUCUUGUACUCUUGCCUCAGCUGUUGCUCUGGGACAAAAGAGACAAAACAAAAGAUAGUUUCAAAUUGUUUCAUACUGAACGGAGUAGUUUAUCUUUGGGAUGCUUAUGAUUUUUUUUUUCUUUUAUGGUAUUCUAUACAGGUUUUUAAACUAUACACCACCUAGAGUUGUUAGUUCAAUGGCCUCUAAAUAGAUCUGUACUGUAGUACAAAGUCCUGUUUCAUCCACAAUGAGAAGAGCACAGGAUCUAUGGAGAACAUAGAGAGGAUGAAAAAGGGUUAUUCCAAGGCUCCAACCUCACUUAGGAAUGUUAAAAUAGGACCUGCCCUCUUAUCCAUUUUACAUAAUAUGUUCAGCACUGGUGGCGUUUGAAUUAUUUUACAUAUUUCUCCCUAGUGAAUAGGCCACAAUUUUUGUCUAAUGUAUCAAGGCUAGCAGACAUGCUUAAAAUAACUUCCUGAAUAAUAGGUGAUAGAUACUAUCAUAAGAGAUUCUGUGGGCUAUUUAUCAGUUUAUUUCUCCUUCUAGAUAACAAAUGAUUAUGACAAUUCCUGGGUGCAUUUAUUAUCUUAUUUAUUUGUAUCCCUUUUACAAAGAACUCAAAAGCUGCAAACAUAAACAUCAUUUUGGGGACUAAUUCCAAGGCAGAAGACCACAAAUAAAAUAUUUCCAUUUUGUCAUUGAUGCUAUCAUUUUGCUAUCUUCGUGUGAUUAAAUACCUGUCCUGAAAAGUUAAGGAUUUUUAAAAUUACUGUUUGAUGAAUAUCUUAAAAUUUCAUAAAAGCAAGUAUCAACCUUAAGUUAAAUGGAUCUUUUUGCAUCCCAUAGUCCAAGAAUACAUGUAUACUGGGUGGAAUUCAGAUUUUUCCUGUGAAUCACUGAAAGAAAACAGGAUGCCUUAAAGAGCAAUUAGUCCUUUAAUCUUUCCAGCUAUAAAAUCCUAACAGCCGCCUCAAGGUCUUUUAAGGGGCGAGGGAGCUCUUGCUUGCACCGCCCAGCCUCUCAGUUUGGGGCGUGGCUUUGCCAUCCACCGGUCUCAUUGGUUGCGGCAGCGUCCUCGGCUGUCGGUUUUACGGUGCUCUCAGCGAAGAAUUCCCUCUUUUGACGGAGGAACGUUUCUACGAGACUUUGAAUGGGACGGUUUCAGAAGCCUCGGCAUCUCCUCGAUGGGAUGGACUACGGCUCCCAUCAAUCUCAGGCUGGGUUGGCUGAGGAUAACGGGAGAUGACGUCCAACUUAUAUGGAGAACCCUGGGGCACUAUGCUUCCUUCUCUGCACUACCAAUGCCAGCGUACAUGUCAUAUACCCAUAACCAGUGUGGGUCUGGUACGAAGAUAUUUAUCCUGGGAAAACGAGCAGCGGUGCAGAGGACUGCUAGAGAAAUCCUCCCUCCGGUACAGGAAACAAACUGUGGGGGCAGCUGUGCUGGUAUCUCUUUGCUCUGUGGCUGGGGACCCAGCAAUCCUGUACACACUGCGUUCCAGCACUCUGACUGGUUUAUACAAAGGACAAGUAAGUUUCCCAGGUGGAAAGUGUGAUGACUCUGACCAGGAUGCCAUCAGCACAGCACUGCGGGAGACCCAUGAAGAGCUGGGCAUACAGUUAAAGAAGGACUGUGUCUGGGGAAUCAUGAGACAUGUUCCUGAUAGGACUAAUAUGAUGGUGGCUCCUGUAUUAGCAAACCUGGGGCCUCUGGAGGACCUGGCACUGAAACCUAACCCCCAAGAGGUUGAGGCUGUCUUCACACUGUCUUUGUCCCACUUGCUACAAGAAAAGAACCAGGGCUACACCCACUACUGCCGUGAUGGUGUCUACCACUACACAAUGCCUGUCUUCUUGCAUGGUCCUCACCGUGUGUGGGGUCUUACAGCAGUCAUAACAGAUCUCACUCUGGAGAUGCUAGCACCAGGAAAAUACCACAGGCGGACUUAUGUCAAGGGUCAGCACUGACUUUGGGCCCAGAUUCACACUGGGAUCUCUUAAGACCUCUUUCUGCUUUCCAUAUUUAUCAAAGGCCUUUAGAAUUGAUGAUCUCAUCAGCCAAGUGCUAUACCUUUCCCUUUUCAUAAGAAUCUUCAAAACUCGGGUCAGCUCAGUUCUGAAUAGCAAGAAGAAAGUCGUUUAUCUUUCUAGUUCACUACCUCAGAAUGCAACUAUUACAUUAUUGGCAAAAAGCAAUGAAGAAACAUCUAUCUAGUUUACUCUCAGUUGUUACCUCAAUAAACAAGGACACCUGAAACCUUUUGCAGGUUUCUGUUUUGGCAGGUAUAUGUGUAGUACAAAUAAAACAUAGAUUUUAAUCUCAAAGAGAUGCUAGACCUGUAUUCUAGGCUUUGUUUGGUAAUGUUAAUAACUUCAUAAAUGAAUGAUAAAGGGACCAUUUGCCAAAGAAAGCACUGACCUUUAAGGCACCCAAAUAAUAAGUGCCAGCCAUCCAGAUUAGGAUAAAAUUUGUGAAUGAAUAUUGAUCCCUAUUUCUUUCCCAUCUCCACUAUUUCCUUAUUAUGUGGAAAUUCUGUUUAGGGCUCUGUGUUGAUUUAACAAAAUCUGUAUUUCAAGAACAGAGCUGUAUAUAUCUAAGUUGUAAGAAAUAGUAUUUAAAUAUUUCUGUUAAUCAGAAUAAAUCAGAGAUUGUUUAGAAUAUAUAGAGUCUUAUCAGUUCCUAGUUUUUUGAGAAAUGGAACAUUUUUAUUCUGCCCUUCCUACUCCCUAAAACAGCAGCAUGAAUGACAUAUUGCUAGACUUAAGAAAAUAUUCUCAUUAAGGCUAUGACACAUCUUGUAGAACUAGGCAUUUUAUAAGAUACUUGUGAACUGUUAAAACCUUGGUUAUAUGGCAAUCUGAAUUCCGCCUGAGGGUAUUCAUACAGAGGGGACAAUAUGCUGAUUUCUACGUAGCUUUUUCCCAACACUUCAGCACACAAUGAUAUAAUUGGAAUUAAAAACCAGUGGUUCAAAUAUUUAUUUGGUAUAAUAAAUAAAAUUCAGAGUUGAUGGCAGGAA